AUGCGAAAGUUGGAUUGGGACGACAUGAUAGUGAAUGUUGAAUGUCGCCAGAUACACUAUUUACGCUUUGCUGAUGACAUCGUACUGAUAACACCUAGCAUCAGCCAAGCGGAACGAAUGCUGACCGAGUUCGACGAAACAUGCGGAUGUAUCGGUCUACAGCUGAAUCUGCAAAAGACGAUGUUCAUGCGUAACGGAUUAGUCUCGGGUCCCCCAUUUACCCUCAACGGAACGAACAUAUCCGACUGCACCAGCUACGUUUACCUUGACCCCGGAGCUGGAAGAAUCAAACGAGCGGCUUGGGGAGCGUAUAAGAGCAUCGAGGAUGUAGUGAAGAAUACCAAGAACACUCGGCUCCGUGCUCACCUCUUCAAUUCCACAGUACUUCCUGUUUUGACCUAUGCUUCCAUUUUGCUGCCUAUUCUUUGCCCUUCAGAAACCUGGAUACUUUGCAAGGAGGAGGAAAGUGCGAUCAGCAUCAUUGAACGCUCAAUCGAAAGAGUGAGCGAGUGA